CCACCAGGACCGAACUGAGGGAAUGAUCUUCCCUGAAGAGGAUGGCUUAGUGGACUGAGAAGACUUGACUAUAACAAAGGGAUAUCUGCAGCAUCUGGGAGAGCAGCUCUUCUCCAACAAACUUGAGACACCACCUCAUUUUUUAUGGUUUAAAUUUUUGUUUAGAAGAUACGUUUUACUACUUCUGACUGGGACCAUGUCGGUGUGCGUGUGGAAGGCAUUAGGCAUAGCUGUGUUUGCCUGUGGCGUGUGGGUGAUUGUGGAUGCUAAUACAGGACAGAAUCCCGAGAGAGGACCUGCUUCUCCCUCCUGCUACGGAGGUUUUGACCUCUACUUCGUUUUGGACAAAUCUGGAAGUGUUGAGCAUCAUUGGAAUGAAAUCUAUAGCUUCGUGGAACAUCUGGCACAAAAAUUUAUAAGUCCACAGUUACGUAUGUCCUUCAUCGUGUUUUCCACUGAGGGGCGGAUCCUGAUGCGUCUGACAGAGGAUCGGGAAAAGAUUCGAAAAGGCUUGGAGGAGCUCCAGAGGGUCCAGCCGGGUGGAGACACUUUCAUGCACGAGGGAAUUCAGAGGGCAAGUGAACAGAUUUACUAUGGGAACACAGAAGGAUAUCGGACCGCCAGCGUGAUCAUCGCCUUGACCGACGGAGAGCUGCAUGAAAAUCUGUUCUAUUAUGCUGAGAGAGAGGCUAAUCGCUCCCGAAGUCUGGGCGCCUCCGUCUACUGUGUGGGGGUAAAGGACUUCAAUGAGACACAGCUGGCUAAAAUAGCGGACAGCAAGGACCACGUGUUUCCAGUGAACGAUGGGUUUGAGGCAUUACAGACUGUUAUUGGCUCGAUCCUGAGGAAGUCCUGUAUAGAGAUCCUGGCAGCAGAACCUUCCAGUAUCUGUGCAGGAGAAGCCUUCCAGGUUGUGGUGAGAGGGAACGGCUUCCUCCAUGCCAGGAAUGUGGAAAAAGUCCUGUGUAGCUUCCGGAUCAAUGAAACCCUCACCAGGAUGGUGAAGCCGUUGGUUGUCGAGGACACAUACCUCCUCUGCCCUGCACCUGUCCUUCGAGAAGAGGGCACAGCUGCCUCCCUUUAUGUCAGCAUGAACGAAGGCCUGAGUUUCAUUUCCAGCUCGGUCACCAUCACCACAGUGGGCUGCUCUGACGGCACCAUCCUGGGUAUUGCCCUGUUGAUUCUGAUGCUGUUGCUGAUUCUGGCUCUGCUUUGGUGGUUCUGGCCGCUGUGCUGCACUGUGAUCAUCCACGAGCCUCCGCCGCCAGUGCAAGAGGACAGUUCGGAGGACGAGCUAGACGAUGGAGCUCCGAAGAAGAAGUGGCCCACCGUGGACGCCUCUUAUUACGGUGGCCGAGGAGUGGGCGGGAUUAAGAGGAUGGAAGUACGCUGGGGUGAGAAGGGGUCGACUGAAGAGGGAGCCAAGUUGGAAAAAGCGAAGAACGCCAGGGUGAAAAUGCCGGAACAGGAAUUUGAGGCACCGCCAGUUCGCAUCCUCAACAACGGCAUGCGCAAACCACCCAGUCCGCACAAGUGGUACUCCCCUAUAAAGGGAAAAUUGGACGCCCUUUGGGUCCUGCUGAGGAAGGGUUAUGACCGCGUGUCCGUCAUGAGACCUCAGCCAGGGGAGAAGGGUCGCUGCAUGAACUUCACUCGCAUUAAGUCAAAUCCUUCUCCGAGAUAUCCAGCCUACAACCGGAACUCCACUCCAAUCUACAACCCGCCACAAGACCCCAGCCCUCCACCGUCUCAGACCAAACUGCCCCCACCCCAGCGCAGCCCUCCAGCCUCUCCAUCUACCGCUCUCCCCCCUCUACCGCCUUCACCUCCUCCACCGCUCACUCCCUCUCCACCCAUAACUCCGCCCCCGUACACCCCUCCACCCAACCGGGCCCUGCCACCCACCUCUCUGUACCUCCCCACUCCUGAGGCUCCACCUUCUCCACCAGCUUCACCAACUGGAUCCCUGCCACCUCCCCCUCAAGCUCCACCUCCAGGAAGAGCCCCUCCCCCAGACCGUCCUCCGCCCCGCCCAUCCAUUUAA